AUGGUCUUUAUGGGUCCCUUUGCUGCAGUGUUCUCUAAGCUGCUUAUCACAAGCUUCUUUGCGAGCGGCACGAUCCUUAUCGCUAUACAUCUGACCAUGCACCAUCGACAACACCAACAACGCGGCCAAUACUAUCACCAUCAUUCUAACCUUAUCAAGCCUUUCAAAAACCAAAAACCAGAAAUGAGACCAUUGAUCAGAAAUCAAAAACCUUUCAACCUUAUCACUGCUAACCGAUACGCGCACUCAGUUGUGGGCACAACCAGUUAUAUCGCACCCGAAGUAUAUUCCCGUAAAUAUAACCACAAAUUAGACAUUUAUAGUCUCUUUUUGAUUGGCGUUCAAUUGUUUGCAUUCGAUUUGCAAUCCUCGCUAUCAUUUGAAGCCAAGGAUUCGCUGUUCAAGAUUUCAAUACGAUGUCUAUACCAGACAUUAGUGGCAAUGAUAUCGACACCCAAUUGGAGACAACGGCCUGAGUGUCGGCAAGUGUUGGCCACACAUAACGAGUGGUCUAUCGAUAAGAAUGUCUGUCAUUCAUUAUUCAUUAGAUCCAAUCGUAUCGUAAAACUGUGUGACUUUGGUUUGGCCACCGAUCAUAACACCGAUGGACGCACUGCCAGCCGAUACACGCACUCAGUAGUCGGCACUCUUGCAUAUAUGGCACCCGAAGUGCUUUCAUGCAGUGUUUAUAACCACUUAUCAGACAUUUAUAGUCUGUCUAUAAUUGGCCAGAAGUUGGUUGGUAUCGAUCUUAAUGCCUCUCAAACAUUUGAAGCCAAAGACUCAGUGAUUAAGAAACCUUUACUUUGUUUGUCUGAAAUACUGGAGAAAAUGAUGUCAACUCCGCGUUGGAGACAACGGCCUGAGUGUCGGCAAACCAGUACUAGACAUCGAGCCGUGUAUUUGAUGUCCAGCACCGAUCUGAGUUCGACGCCGGGCAAUAACGCCAACACCAACACCACGCUCAACAAUAUGAUCACCUUGUUCAUUUCGUUUGGCCAACUGUUUCACCUUAAUGUGUCGAUAUCACCGGUAGGGCUGACAAUAAUGGUGAUAGCGCUUAGUUCGCAGUUCAUUAUGGCCCGCCCGGUGCUGGACAUCAAAUACCCCGCUCUGUGUGUAGUACUGAUAGUUCUAUCAGAAAAAUAA